GCUUGUAUUGAUGUAUGUCACGUGAUUAUCCGCACAUGAAAACAAACACUUCCCAAGUUAUGUAAGAUCUGAUUCGACGUUAUCUACAUAGAUUGUCAACGUCACACCGUACUUGGCAUGUUGCAGUACUUUGGAGACAUGGGGAACAGUUUGAUCAAAGCAGCAGCUCUAGAUUUUGGCGCCCAGUGGGCGUGUUGGGCGGUGGCUGCAGCACUGCGGACUGAGAAGUUCUAUGACCUAGCAGGUUCUGGUACAUUUUUCCUGUUGGCAUGGCAGAGCCUGAAAUGGGGAAACACGUUUCAUCCUCGACAAAGAGUGGCGACGGGUAUGGUUAUGGCGUGGGCAUGUAGGCUCGGUAUGUACCUGUUCACGAGAAUCCUGAAGGAUGGGAAAGACAGGAGGUUUAACAAUGUUCGUGACAAGCCUGGAGUUUUCCUAGCUUACUGGACAAUUCAGGGAGUGUGGGUGAUGUCGACCCUCCUUCCUGUGUUGAUGCUCAACAGUAAGAAGGAGGACAAGCCAGUCUCCACCAGGGACUACAUAGGCUGGGCGCUCUGGGCACUCGGCUUCUUUUUUGAGGCUGUAGGAGACUACCAGAAAUCUGCUUUCAGAGCAAAUCCAGACAAUGCUGGAAUGUUUAUUCAACACGGAUUGUGGAGUCUUUGCCGACAUCCCAACUACUUUGGUGAAAUUCUGAUGUGGACGGGCUUAUAUAUUACAUCAUCGAAAGCCCUGAGUGGAUUCGAGCACAUCAGCAUCAUUUCGCCCAUAUUCUUAUCUUUUCUUCUCACACAAGUCAGUGGAAUUCCACUUUUAGAAAAAUAUGCCUCCAAAAAGUGGGGUUCUAAUCCUCAGUAUCAGCUGUAUGUAAAGAACACAGCUAAACUUGUGCCCUAUAUCUGGUGAACAUGGUAACCAUGACAACAGGAAGAUGAAAAGGAUGAUAUUUGUAUGAAGAUUUGUGUGUGUGUGAUCAAAGUAGCAGCAUGCCAUGUCAGGGAAUUAUAGAUUAUUUUUCAAUUUGUAUUUUGUAUGAUUAGUUUUUUACACAUAUAUAUCUCAGAUGGCAUUACGGGUCCACACUUUUUUUUAUUUUGUGGUUUAUAGGUUUGCUAACAGAUUGGUUAAAUAAGAAUAAAAUUUUGUUUGUGUAGCUUGAUUUUAUUUUUUUUUCUUUGGCAUUAAACUGUUUUGGUCCGUACAUAUUACGGACCAAAUAAAUAAGAAUUCAUUUAAAUUUGUAGAUGUUGUUGACCCAAAAAUAUGGUCAAUUAUUUUUAACAAUGUUAAUAAAGUAUCUUUGAAUAACUGGUGUUUUGUGAGACUUUUGUAGCUGUGUCUUUUUAUAUUCCAUAUCCAUCAAGGGACAGUUGUAAGGAAAAUAAGAAUACAUUCAAACUAUUUUGAUGUAUUUUUCAAAUCUGAAAAUCAAAAAAGUGUUGGCCUGGUUUGCCUGAUAGCCAGCAUAACUAUUUUCUAUUGAAAUAAAAUAUUUUAUUAUUAUUAA